GGAAAUUUAUACCCAUUCGAAUUAAAUCAUUUAUCAACAAAUCUGUAUAUAUAAAUUAAUUCAUUAUUCAUAGAUUUUGUAUAUUAAUUAUAAAUCAUCAUGAAGAAUUGUACAAUAUUCAUAAUAUUAGAGAAUACAGUAUCCAAUUUAAUGGCAAGCAGUCGAUUAAUCAAACGUUAUGAUUUGAAUAGGUUAAAAGUUGAAAUUGAAUUAACUUUUAAAAAACCUACUUUAUCAGAACUUACUUAUUAUUAUCGUUUGAAUCGUUUAAUUCAAGUGAUUAAUGAAAAUUAUCAUUUUUAUGAUCAUUUAAUUAAUCAAUUAAAAUGGUUAUAUACAAUCAUUAAAAAUGAAAAUAAUCAAAUGAAUUUUAUCAUUGAAAAUAUAUUAAAAUAUAGAAAUCAAAAUAGUAAUGGAAUACCAAUUGUAUACUACAUAUUCAAGAUAUCCAACAUAAUGGUUGAAAUAUGUGAAUCAAGAAAAUCAUAUAUAUCAAAUAUUAUAAACGAUCGAAUAGUUGUUGAAUAUAAUGAUAAUAAUAACUUGAUGAAUUCAAAUAUCGAUUUAGAAAUAUUUAUAUCGGAAUUACAUGUUUUAAUGGAUUAUUUCUUUGAGUAUUUAUGUUAUUUCAUGGUGAAUUUACGUAAUCAAAUUUCAAUAAAUGAAAAUUUCAUUCAUUCUUUUACUUCAACUUCUUUUACAAUGUCAAUGAAAUCAUCCAACGUAUCAUCAUCAUCAUCAUCAUCGUCGUCGUCGUCGUUGUCAUCAGCAUCAUCGUCAUCAAGAAUGACAUGUCCAGUGAUUACAUCAAAUUCUAUAUCAAAAUUAAUUGAUGAUCUAAUAGACAUUGAAUCUCAUAUGCCUAUGAAAUAUAAUGAACAAUAUACUGAAGCACAAAAACGUUUAUCAAUAAGAAUCAAUCUACAAGUUAACAAAAAUAAAGAAUGAAUAGUUUCGAUCAUUUUGUAAAAACCUACAUUUAAUAAUAAUAAUAUGCCUUAGAAACAGUUGUAUAAUGUAUUCUGUUCUAUUAAAAUAAUGUUAAAGUUGAUAAAAACUAUCUUGUGUAAAACUAAAGUGUAACAUUGUAUUGGGGGGGGGGGGCUGACUCGAAAGUAAUUAAGAAGAUUUGUAACUCAGGAGGAUAUUUUCAGAGGCUGUAAAACAAUUCUUAUAUAUAUGGAUUCUAUGUAACGAAAUUUCUUUGUUUCUCUUUGUAAGUAAUACUUUGCCUAUAAUCCUUCUAUACUUACAUAUAUUACAUUCAUACUUUAUGAUUUGUUUGAAGUUAACAUUUGAUUGAAACUAGUCAAUAAGGUUGAUAUCAAAUCAGCAUUUGUAAUGUUAUUCAAAAGCUUUCACGGACGUAUACUAAGUUUUAUUGAAGCCUUGGCUAUACGAAAAUUGAAACCACUUUUAUGUGUCCAAAAACAGUUUGUCCUUACACUUAACCUACCGUGGUAAUACUGAUUUAUUAUCCAGACUGUUAAUCACAUUGUUUUUGUGUACUAUAUUAUUAUUAUUUCUUACCUUUAACCUGUCUAGUUGACCUUUUAAUUUUUAUAUAAAAAUGUCUUAACAAGUAUAGAUGUGAUCAGAUUGUUCGAAAUGUAUUACACAAAUAUAUCACAUAAUUCUGA